CGCCUGUGCCUGGAGCGCGAGCUGCGGCACGGCCGCGCGGGCGUGUGCGGGGACCCGUCGCUGCGCGCCGUGCUCUGGCAGAUCCUGGUGGAGGACUUCGACCUGCACGGCGCGCUGCAGGACGACGCGCUGGCGCUGCUCACCGACGGGCUGUGGGGCCGCGCCGACCUGGCGCCUGCGCUGCGCGGCCUGGCCCGCGCCUUCGAGCUGCUGGAGCUGGCCGCCGUGCACCUGUACCUGCUGCCCUGGAGGAAGGAGUUCGCUACCAUCAAGACCUUCUCAGGCGGCUACGUGCACGUGCUGAAGGGGGUGCUCUCUGAGGACCUGCUCUUCCAGAGCUUCGAGAAGAUGGGCUACGUGCGCCAGGAUGACCACCGCCUCAUGAUGGCCACCCCGCCGCCUGCCGGCCAGCUGGUGCAGGUGGCCCUGGGCUGCUUCGCCCUGCGGCUGGAGUGCGACAUCCUGGAGGAGGUGCUGGCGCGACUGGGCACCAGCGUGCUGCCGGCCGAGGAGCUGCUGCAGGCCCGCCGCUCCAGCGCAGACGUGGCCUCCUGUGUGGCCUGGCUGAGGCGGCGGCUGGCCGGCGACAAGGAGCCGCCGCCCCUGCCGCCCCGGGACCCGCUGGCUGUGUACCGGGCCCCCCUGGACCUGUACCGAGACCUGCAGGAGGACGAGGGCCUGGAGGAGGCCAGCCUGUACAGUGGGCCCUCACCCGGCCCAGACUCGCCCCCCUCAGCACUAGCCUACCAGCCUCAGCUGUGGGAGCAGAGCGCCAAGUUGUGGGGUGCCAGUGGUGGGGCCUGGGACCCAGAGGCUGAGGCCGGGGGGUCACCCAGGGGCAGCAGCCCACCCUACGGGGCACUGGAAGACGAGCUGGAGCCCGAGCCCGAAGUGUUCUCCUUCCUCUCGCUGCGCAGGGAGCUGGCCACCCCCCAGCCCCCCGGGAGCCCCGAGAGGGCCAGCCCACAGGGCACACACAGGACCCUGUCUGGGGCCGCCCACGAGCCCCCCGACUACCAGGUCCACAGCUGCCUGGCCCCUGGCGCCCUGCCCACCCUCUGCUGCGACACGUGUGGCCAGCUGCAUGCCGCCCACUGUGUCGCCCUGGCCACCUGCCGCCCCAGCCACGCACUGCGGGCUCUGCUCAGCCGCGCCCAGCAGCGGCGGUGGGCACAGGCCGAGGACACCCUGCUCUAUGACGGGCCGGGGGCCAAGCCUUAGCCCGCAGGUCGGGCCCAGGCUCUCCAUGGUGCUUCUCGGGCCUCACCCCGCUCCAGCCUGGCCCUGGCGUACCCCACCCGAGGAGCCCUGGGCAAGGGGGCACCCAGCCCGCAGAGAGAGGUGGCUCACCUUCUAUUGGCCUCAAGCUCAUCCCUGUCCCCAGCACCCAGCCCUGCCGGACUCCUGCCCCCCGAGCCUGGCUCCCCACAAGGACUCUUGGGGUCAGCCGGGGCUCCCAUCCUGCUCCUGCAGGUGUGGGCUGGGGCGCGCCAUCUCCUGCUGGUCCUGUGGGGGGCGCUGCUCGAGGGGGCCCACCCAUCCCCCACAGGGCAGGCUGGCCAGAGACGGGUGCUAGGGCUACGUGAGGAGCCCCCCUUGGGGACGCAUUCUCUCAGCAGCAUCUUGCAGGAGCCCUGGGGCUCGCAGGCGCCACCCACUCCGCCUCCACACACCCCCGAGGCCAACGGGGACGCAGUGCCGGGUGCUGAGCAGCCCUGGGGCUGAGCCCUGAGGCCAGGCAGCAGCAGCCACAGCCGUUCCCAGCGGAGCCCACCAGGCCAUCGGACGGCAAGGCGGUCUGCCCGGGAGGCCACCUCCAGGCCCUCCUUCAUGACCGCAGUGUACCCCCGCCCCCUCGGAGAGCCCCUCACAAGAGCGCUUCAGGCCCAUUAAAGGACAGUGAACCCG